AGCUAGCCAGCUAGCCGCUGUAAAGGCAACCAUAGCUCUUUAAAAACAUACCACUGAACAUGACAGGGUCUCCUGGAUGAUAUAUUUCAUCCAGGAAACACAAGAAACUGCCUUAAUGGAACGCUUGUUCGGCGUGUUUUACGACGCGAUGGCCAGCUAGCAGGCGGUCCCAAAGCUAGCUUGUCGGCUAGCCGGGGUAGGAGCUUCUGAGACCCUCAUCUAAUCUCGGCUUUUUUCGGCCUUUUUUAAAAUUAGUUUCCGUGUCAUUCCAAGUUUAUUUUAAACGACGUUUUAUAUUUAUGUUUGUUAGUUUAAAUGACCAAUUAAGUGUUUUUCUUUUUGAAUAUGUAGGUCAAUGAACCCGACCAAUGAUAGUUAUUUGGGUCAUCCUCGGGUAUUAGCAGGAACAGCUGGUUAGCCCAGUGGCUAGCUGUUUUUAUUUAUCAGUCAUCUUUAACGAAAAACACAAUAACUUGGAUGCACAUGUUUGUAUGAGUAGAUAUAACUCUGUAGUCUGUGUUUAUGAGGUUAUCAUCGAGUGGAACAUUUAUUUUAAUAGUUUGGAGUCGUCGCUUCACCAUCGUUAGCCAACUGAGCUAGCCGGAUCCUGUUAGCAUCCGAGCAGCUUCACUAAUUAACAAGGAAACGCGUGGAUCAUGCUGAGUUAGGAAUUGUCUCCUCAGCGCCUAGCCGGUUACGUGCAGACAAAGUGUUUCUGGGGGUUUGGUGAGAGAAGGGAUGGCAUUUCACGGUGCCGGCCGGCAGACCGUUGGAGAUUUGUUCCCGGGCUCUGAGCUGGGCCACAAGUAUUUCUGUGUCAAUUCAUCGUGCGGAGCCCCGUCCACCGGCCUCAGCGCCACGCCGUGCCUGACCGGACCCACCGCCCCAGCCGGGACGCCCCGCCACCCCACAGCUCUUGGGGGGAGCGCAGGGGGAGGGGCGGCGGUGCCUCAGCCCUACAGCAACCCAGCCAGCGAGGUGCCCAGCCCCGCUGAGAUGGAGCCGGACCGCCCCAUCGGUUAUGGAGCCUUCGGCGUUGUCUGGGCUGUUACGGAUCCACGUGACGGUCGGAAGGUGGCGUUGAAGAAGAUGCCCAAUGUCUUCCAGAACCUGGUGUCCUGUAAGAGGGUCUUCAGAGAGCUCAGGAUGCUCUGCUUCUUCAAACACGACAACGUUUUGUCCGCUCUGGACAUUUUGCAGCCUCCACAAAUCGACUGCUUUGAGGAAAUCUACGUGAUCACGGAGCUGAUGCAGAGCGACCUGCACAAAGUGAUCGUGUCUCCGCAGCCGCUCACCACCGACCACAUCAAGGUCUUCCUCUAUCAGAUCCUCCGGGGUUUGAAGUACCUGCACUCUGCUGGGAUCCUGCACCGAGACAUCAAACCUGGAAACCUGCUUGUGAACAGCAACUGUCUGCUCAAGAUUUGUGACUUCGGCUUGGCGCGUGUGGAGGAGCCCGACCCGUCGCGUCACAUGACCCAGGAGGUGGUGACGCAGUACUACAGGGCCCCCGAGGUGCUGAUGGGCUGCAGACACUACGGCUCGGCCAUCGACGUCUGGUCCGUGGGCUGCAUCUUCGCCGAGCUGCUGGGCCGACGCAUCCUCUUCCAGGCUCAGAGCCCCAUCCAGCAGCUGGAUCUGAUCACAGACCUGCUGGGGACCCCUCCUCUGUCGGCCCUGUCUGCAGCCUGCGAGGGGGCCAAAGCCCACAUCCUGAGGGGGCCACACAAACCGCCGUCGCUGUCGGUGCUGUACAUGCUGUCUGACGGAGCCACACACGAGGCGGUGCACCUGCUCUGUCGGAUGCUGGUGUUCGACCCGGUUAGUCCCCACACUCUGUCAUUACUGAUUUCUGUGUGUUUUGCGUUCUUUACCCAGUCUCUGUGUUUUCACCUCCAGACUAAACGUAUCUCCGGCAGCGACGCCCUCUCCCACCCUUACCUGGACGAGGGGCGCUUGCGUUACCACACCUGCAUGUGCCAGUGCUGCUACUCGGUGCCGAGCGGGCGAGUUUACACCCGGGACUUUGAGCCGGUCGCCGAGCGGCCGUUCAGCCACAGCUACGAGAACAGCAUGCUGUCUGUGUGGCAGGGCAAAGAGUUAAUCCAUCGCUUCAUCACGGAGCACCAGCAGGGCAAGCGUGUGCCGCUGUGCAUCAACCCUCAGAGUGCUGCCUUCAAGACCUUCAUCAGGUCCACUGCAUGGCACUCCUCCAAGGUGUCCAGGAAGGAGGAGAGAUGAACGUCCUCCUCUUCCUCCCGGGGAGCGGCAGCAGAGUAUGAAAAAGGAUUUAAUCGCCCGUGAGAGUCCUGAAGAGUUUGGGUCUUUUCCUUUCAGCUGUUCCCCUGGCGAGAUGCAGACCCAAAGAAAACCUCCUGAAGAUCCUCAUUGCUUAUUUUACCUCCUUCAAAAUCGACAAAGUUUCAAAAUAUGAAAACUACUUCUUCACUUUUUUAAACGUCCCAAACAGGCGAGGCUUCGGGACUUUUCUUUUUCUCGGUGCUGAUAUGUAAAAAAAAAAGAAAAGCUGCUUGAGGAGGAAAAAGAAAGAGGAGCCGGUACGAGAGUGGAUUUUCCAUCUGUGUUAGUAGAGACUUUAAGGAAUAAUGGUUUUAAUGUUUGGUAGAUUUUUGAAGUCAUUCCAGCCCUGUGCAAUACGGAUUCAUUUGAACAAGCAACGGACUGAGGACACGGAGCGGAUUGCCUGCCCUGCGGAGUUUCAGACACUCCCGAUACGAGCGCGUACCGGAUCAGUGUUCCCGCCAAACGACAUCAUACAGCGCCACGUCCUUUUUUUUGGUUUUCUUUUGGAACUGCUGCGAGUCCAAGCCGCGUCAAUAAUGCAAACUAACAGAUGUAGCAGGUUCUCACCACAGUCAGUCCCUCGUGUUUCUCCACAUCUCAGCUCCGGUAGUGCUUUGAUCGCUAAGUUCUCUGUUUGUUCCACCUUAUGAAAGGAGCAGGGACUUUUUUCAUCAGUUUGAAGUAUUUGGUUGGAAAUUACGACAGGAAUAUUUAUGACAGUUAAUAAGGACCUUUGAGGGUUAAACUCAUACAUUUUCAAGGAAAGAAAAUCAAUUAAAGUCGGAAUUCGAAGGAAAAAAAUCUGAUUCCUGACGAACAAAUGCAGAAUUCUCUGAAUUUUGAGAUUAUAAAGUGUAAUCCCAGAAAAAGGACUUUUCACAUGGCCCUAAUCCUCUUCUGUUAAUAACCCUGGCUUUAUCAUUGUCACGUCAUUUUGUUUGCCUACAAUGGCCCUAAUACAUCGUCGUAGAUGCUCUGCAUAAAGAAAAAUGCCAAAUCGAUAUUUGGCUGACUUUUUUGUGUUCUUCCUGUCUUGUUUUAAUUUUCUCGCUGACCUCCUCUGUCCCGACUUUUUGCCCACCGGCAGAGAGAGAUUUUUUUCGUUGUCAUUUCUUAAUUUAUUGAGUGUUUGUUGAAGAGUGUGUGUCUCCACCUUUUUUAGUUUGAAGCGGUUUACCUCAAACCUCCGGAGAAAAGUGAACAGAACCUGAUGAGUGCAUACCUGUAAAGUGAAAGCCUCCCGUCAGAACUCAAACGUCAUUCCUCCAGAUUCUUCUUGUCUUUACCUCCACUUCGCCCCACCACUCUGAUUUUUUUUAGAGAGAGAAUUAUGUUUUCUGUGAAAUGCUGCUGUUUUUUUGUUUUCGUUUAUUUUAGUUUCAGGCUCGUUUUAUAGACUAUGAACUGUACAAAGCCACAUAAGGAUGCACCAGUAUUGAUCCUGGUAUUAUUAUCAGUAAAUAACAAUUUUUCUGAUUCUACACUGUAAGAAGUUCAGCAGAAGAUGUUAAUUAUAUCUUCAGAUCUAAUUGAGUUAAUUUUCUAACUGAUGGUUUUUACAUGUUUAACCCUUUAAUUACAAACUCAACAAAUCGCACUGAAAGUGAAAUGAACGUGCAUAUAUGUGAACCGUAAUGGCAAGAAAGGUGAAAUAUUAUUACAUUUUUAAAAACAGGCAGAUUUGUUUUAGUUUAUAUUACAUUUAAUAUGCCAACUCAAAUAAAUCAUAAUUUAGUUAUAACAGAAAAAAAGAUUAACAAGAUUAUUUUCUCAGAAAUCACAAGUCACCUCAACUACAUGGUUAAAACAAAUGUUACAAACAUUUGCAAUAUUAUAUAAGGUCACAAGUUUCUCUCAAAACUAAAAGUGUAAAUCAUGUUUACUUCCAUUAAAGUCUAUAUCUCACAUUAAAGGAGUUUUUCCUCAUAAUUACUGAAGUCUAUUUAUCCCUUACUUGUGAAAAUAGAAUCCGCAAAAAAAAGUUGCAUCCAAAAACUUUCUAAAACAAUUGUUCCCACAAUAUAACAAAUAAUGAUCUUGCACAAGACAGCAGGAUUGUUAUUCUCAAUGGUUUGAUUUCUCCUCUGAACAUCAGUAAUUCAAGUGCCCUGAUGUGUAGAUAAAGCAGAAAAACAUGUAAAAUCAUCAGUCGGAUCUUCUGGGUUCUGGUUCCCACCGUUGUCUGGCCCCUUUCUGACUUUAGGAACUUGUCCAGGAACUCUUUUUCUUUCUGGAAGGCACUCAGGAACAGCCUGCCACCUCACAGUUUGUCCCGUCACUUUUUUUUCAUUGUAAAGCUCCUGAAAAGACUAAAGGACUCUCCGGGUUUAGUUCCUGUUCUUCCUUAGUUUCUUUUUUUUUUUUUUUUUUUAAAGCUUUUAAAGCUUGUGGAUUUUUUUCUCCCCUGUCAUCUCCUUAACCUCCAGCAGGCUGCGGGACCCCCGGAGUCUCUUCUUCUCCAGGAUCACAGCGCCCCCCCUGAUUUGUAUAUCUGCAUGUGUAUAUUUAUUAUCCCAUGGAGAGCUUUUGGGUUUGAAUGCUGUGCAAUUGAUUUAAUGACGAAAACGUACAUUUUGUGGUAUUUUCUUUUUGUAUUUAAUUCAUCUUUAGGAAGUGAUUUUUAUUAGAAGUUUUUGUUUGUUGUGAUCUGAUUAGGUUUUUUACAAAAGCCAAAUGUUGAGAAAAUGUUUUGAUAAUUGUUCCCUAAAUACAUUUGAAGAGCGAGUUAACCUCAACACUAAAACGAUUAUUUUGAAAUGUAAGAAGCAACGCUUCAGUGUGAUAAACACAAACGUUGCCCUCAAAAUAAACACAUUAGUCAAGAGACAACCGUAUCAUUUAAGUCUUCAAAUGCACACCUAACCCCUUAAAAAACGGGUUCCCUUAAACCAAACCUUUAUCUUCUCUAAACUUUCCCACUUCAAUGUAACAUUCCUCCCUCAAUAUACAUUUUUUAAGUGCUUUAUUUUGUCAGAUAAACCCAAAGAAAACUCAAUUCAUAAAGACUCAAAACUAAUUCAAAAAACAUUUAGUCAUGUUUCUCGACUGAAAAUCAGAAAGGAUUUUCCCUUUGAGGUUCCCAAAAGUGUUAUUUUAAAUGACUAUUUGGUGUUUUAUUGUUUUUUAAAAUGAUGUUAUGUUUCUUAUAAUUUAACAGAAAAUAAUUGUAAUCACUGUAUUUGAUCAGAUAAACCCAAAGAUCAUUCAGUUUCUAGUGAUUUACACAAUUUGCCGAAGCUGGAAAUUGAGAACGUUUGACAUUUUUCUUGAUUACCUACUACUUUGUUGAUCCGAUAAUUAUUUCAACAUCGACAUUCAUAAAUACUAUAUUGAAAAUGCACAUUAUUAAUACAUUGAGGGAACACUUUGUUAAUCUGAAGCUCAAAUGUUUUACUUUAAGGAACAAUAGAUCAACGUUUUUCCCUUUUGGACUUUUCUUAUUUGACUUUUUUUUGUUUCUGUUGUGUAGAGGAAGUGUUUGAAACACACACCCUCCUGCACACUGUUCACAGAUCAGACGGACAGACGACUCGUCACCUUUAGACAUUAGACUUGUUUUUCUUCUAUGAAAAGAAACUUCAUGUUUUUAUUAUUAUAAAUAUGAGACUGAUGUUUGAAACUGAUGUUUUUUGUCUUUGUUUUAGCAACAAUAACAAAACGUAUUUUUGUUUUUUGACUUGUGUUCCCAACAAAUACUUGAAUUUCUUAAAAAAAAAAAAUGUUUAGAGUUAAAGUAGUGAAUGAUAAACAAAUAAAUGGACACUGGAUAAUAUUCCCUU